AUGGUUGUUGCAGAGAAUGGACAGGUGGCGGAAACCACCAAAUCGAAUAACACAGCAAAUGUCCAAACGCGACGAAAGAAGGGAAUUGUGCGGUGGACCACUGGACUGGUCGUGAGGCGAGUGCUGCUCAUGCGAUGUUUGUUGCACAUACUAACAUGUCCAUUCUUUAGACUUUGCAUCUGGUACGCGCUGGUCUCGCCGUUCUUCCAAUGCCCUUCCAAUAUCGCAGAUCUCACGGAAGCAUCUCCUCGAGUCUGUAAGCCUUAUCUGGUUGCUCGCUCACACGUCGAGCCUUAUGUUACACCCUACUAUGACAUCUAUGCUGCGCCUUAUGUUGAUCAAGCCCGCCCCUACGUGGACAUCUUGAAUCACCGGGUGUACACACCAGCAUCAAAAGUUGCGAAAUCAGGAUAUGAAAAGUAUGGCGCCCCGGCCUUGCAACAAGCACGCGUUUACGGAGCUCAGCAAUGGCAUAUCCAAGUUACACCUCGGGUGCAGGUAGCUCAAGAUAAAGUUCAUCAGCUAUACUUGGCUGAGGUGGAUCCAUAUAUCCAGCAGGGUGUCGCUGUUGUCUCGCCGUACUAUCAAAAGGCUAAUGCUGCUGCGCUCGCGGUUUACUGGGACCAUUUGGUACCUUUCUACACCCAUUCCAAGCCAUACAUCGGAAAGGCAUAUUCCACGAGCCAUGAUGUUAUGGUAACCCACGUCAUGCCCGGUGCGCAGUAUACUUGGUCAUCUGUGGUGUACUUUGCCAAUAGCUCAGUAUGGCCCCAUGUCACCGGUCUUUACUCGGAGCAGGUUGAGCCGCAGUUGGUCAAGAUUGGCCAGCGUUUGGCAAGUUACAGAGAGGGCAAGCGUCUUCGUGCCGUUGUCGAAGAGCUAGACAGCACCUCGACCGUCCAGGCCGCUACCACGUCAGUCACUAAGUCUGAAGAGACACGGGCUACGAGCACUGUGACUUCCACCUCUACCACCGAAGCACCCGCCAAGCCCACAUGGUCUCCCACCGAGGAAGCAGAGCAAGCUCGUGAAAAAAUUGAUUCCGAUCUCGAGCGGUGGCAGAGGAAAUUCUCCAUCGCUGCAGACAAGGGCGUUGAGGACCUUGAGGAACGCAUUGUAGAGAUUGUCUCUGCUCUGGUCGCAAACAGUGCCAAUAGCCAUGGCAAGAGUCUGGCUACUGCACUUCAAUCGGUCUCUUCUGAGCAAAUUUCCUCAAUUAGGCAACGUAUCAACGAACUUGCGGAGUCAAUGCCAGAGGAAGCCGACGGACUUGUCGAGGAAGCCACUGCCAGUCUGCUAGUCCAGGAUAUCCGAAACUCUGCCAUGUCAGUCAGAGAUCGUGCCCACGUGUUGCGAGAAUGGUCCGUCUCUUUUGAAGAUGAGCUUGUCCGUCGAGUCACCGCGGCCGUGGAUUCCACCCUAGCUGUUCUGGACAGCAUUCGCGACCUGGGGUUGCAGGAAAUUGGAAUGCGCUGGGCCUGGAAUGAUGGUGUUACAUACAAGGAUUGGGCCAAGUACCAUGCUCUUAAGGCCCAGCUUGAAGAAUGGCGCAGUGAGAUCCGGCAGGUUGGAGUCAACCACAGCUCCGUAUCGGAAGCCAGAAAUGUGGUGAACGAUAUCAUGGACAGCGGCAUGCAUGAUGCUGAAGAAGCUGCUAAGGAGCUUGUCCGAUUGAAGGACGUCGGCCUCUGGAAGAUUGCUGCUCGUGAAGUCAGCGAUGAUUUUUCGACAAGAACUGGGGAGCCGCCAAGACCCCAACCUCCGGUGGAAGUCGAGGAGACUGAGGAGGCUACAUCUGAAACCGACUCGUCUGAGUCAAACUCGGACUCAGAGUCAGCGACUGCUUUUGAGGCUCCGGAGGAGACUCAUGACUCCGAGCCAUCUGUUGAUGUUGAGGCUGAUCAGUAUGACAACGAAGAUGAUGGGUCCAUGGCUGAUGACGUUGUCGUGGAAGAGCAGCCCUCCGUAAGACCUGCCUUUGGUGUCGCGGCCGCCGAAGUAAACACCCAUCAAGUGCCCAUUCUUGAUGGCGAGGACGACAAAGACGCUUUUCACGGGUUGGCGAGCAAGGCCAGUGAUACUUAUGCCGAAGCAAGCAGUGCUGUCAGUGAAGCCAUCUAUGGCGCAUCAGUAACCCCUACAGUUGGGGAGCAAGCAGCCGCUUUGGUUGGUGAUCAGUACGCUCAUGCCUUGGCCGCUGCCUCUGGUAUUCUCUAUGGCACUCCUUUGAGCCCUGGUGAGAAGAUUUCGAGUGCUGCUUCCGAAAAGUACAGCGAAGCUGUCGCAGCUGCCUCGUCAGUGAUUUAUGGUACACCGACGCCCGUCGUUCAAUCUUUGGUUGGCGAGGCCAGCUUGGCGUUCUCUGACUCCACUGCCCAAGCUAAGAUUCUCUAUGAUAUUGCCAAGUCUCAAGUCCUUGGACAAAUGGCACAAUCAAGUGCACCUGCCCACGCCCAACUUCUGGCAUCCAUCGAAUCGGCAUACUCAGGAUCCCUUCAGUAUGCUACCGAGAAACUAGAAUCAAACAUCAACGCUGUUCGGGUUACCCCGACCCCGUCGGCUGCCGGACCUCUGGCCCAGAUCUCUUCCAUCGCCUCAUCUCGGUUGAGCCAAGGUCUUAGCCUGGCAUCUGAGCAGCUCGCCCAGGUCCAACAGCCCGCGGCCACGGCCAGCUCGGCUGUUCUAGAACCGUUUGUUCUAGAUGCACAGCGCCGCUAUUAUGAAGCUGUCGGCUUGGCCCAUGACCACUUCACGGCUUUUGUCUCAACAGCGUCAAAUGCCGUGUACAGCUCCCCAACCCCAACAACCGCCCCCAGAAGCUUCGAAGGACUUAUCUCAGAGGCUGGCUCUCAGUACGAGCACGUUUCUUCUUUGGCUUCUGCCAGCCUAGCCGCAGUCGUUGCAUCAGCUAGCUCGGUCAUCUCGUCUGCCGAUGAUGGGAAAGCGCAAAGUAUUAUCGAUGACGCUUCCUCCAGAUACAACGCUGCUCUUUCCGCGGCUUCCGCAUCGCUCUCCCUGGCUUCGGUCUCGGCGAGUGCCGCUGUCUACGGUACCACACCCGGGCCCGUUGAAUCACUAUCUAGCCAGGCGUCCGAGAACUGGGAAGCACUUGUGUCAAAGGCCAGUGAGCAGAUCUAUGGUGCACCCACGCCCUAUGCUCAGCAAGUAAUCAACACUGGGGCUUCUCAAUUCGAGGCAGUCCAGGAGCUCGUGUCGGAGCUUAUCGUGGGCAAGCAACCCUCCUUCACAGAGAGUGUACUCAGCAAACUUCAUGCCGCAUACGAGACCCCUUACCCGGCUGCUGCUGUGUCUUCUGCCUCUAGCUAUAUCAGUGAGGGAUAUGAAGCCGCCACAUCGGCCGCUUCUGCUGUUGCAUCUGAAGUUCCCAGUGUGGACGAUAUCAUGCAGCAGGUCAACGACCAAAUUCAUGCUGCUGUUGACGCUGCCAAAGUUGGUAUCUACGGAACACCUAAGGGAUCUUUUGAAAAAGCCACAGAUACUGCAACCGAUGCCUACUCUACAGCAGCUGCCCAAGUCAGCAGCGCUGUGUACGGCAAGGAGGCCGGUUACAUUGAUGUGGCCAAGGAGGCCAUUGACGACAUUCAGUCAAAGGCCCGUGCAGCCAUCUAUGGCGAAGAGCCCGGUUCGGUCGAAAGUGCCACGGCUCGUCUUUCUGGGGCCAUUGAAAGCGCGAAAUCCCAGUUGGCUGAUCUAGCCGCUAGUGCUAGCAGUGUUGCGUCUGAAGCAGCCGAGACAGCUUCGUCCCACGCUGAUGAGGCCACUAGCAGCGUGAAAAGUGCUGCUUCCUCAUACAGAGAUGAGCUAUGA